AUGCGUAGAUUUGGAAACGCCGGAAUGCCGCACAGUCUACUGGCAUUGCUGAUCAGGGAUGAACGUGUCGAGUCGUCGACUGGCCCUCAUGCUCCUCUCAUCGGCUUGUCGGCACCGGCGGCAGCGGCGAGACAUAUAUCAAUUGGUCGGUUUUUAGGAUCAUCGCUCGUUAACAAAUUGCUUCUGCCUGCAAUGAUGUCAGAAGCGAUCCUCGCCGGUACUCAGACGCGUUGCGUAAAUCGACGAAAGUUCAACGACUUCCUCGUCGAUACUCCACUGCAUGUCUUCUGUCAUUCGCCGCAGUCGCUUCUGAUCAGGGGUCGAUUACUUAUAUAA